AUGGAUGACGAUUAUUCGGAUCUCACUCCAUUCAUGUACCUACAGGUAGUCGACCUCGUCCUGUUGUGUACUGCCGUUGUCGUCUCUCUCGCCGGCAUCUACUUUGCCUUUACAGACCUACCUCGCCAUGCUGCUACCGCUGCAGAAAUAAAGGUUCGUCCAAGGGCGACCGCGUUGUCGACUUCUCUUCUUCUGGUCCUAGGAAUUGUUCCAUGGGUAUUGAUCGCACCAAACGAGUACGCCGAAGACCCAAACGAGCCGGACCCACGAUUCCAAGCCAUUAGGUAUAUCGGUGCUGUCAUUGGUGUUUUGGACGCUGUUGUUGCGUUUCUGGUCAUGAGCUUCCUCAUACGCCUUAUAGAUUUCGUCCACAGACCAACUGCCGAUGUCUCGUCCAGUUCAGACUCCCCCCAAAACAUUUCCAAGCGAUUGAUCCAAGGCCUGAAGCUCGCUGUGGCUCUCGCCAUCACCAAUGCUGUUUUAAUUAUAUUCGUCUUGCCAAAAGGUGGACCAUGGGGAAUAAGAGAUUGGACUGCCGCUGACACCGUGGUUUUGGUUGUUUCGAUCAUCAUCCAUUUGAUAUAUCUGGUCAUAACCAUAGUCGUUCUGGUCAGGACAAGGAAAAGGACAUCUCGUGGACCACUCCUUGCCGUGGCUAUUAUGUUGCAUCUCCGUUACAUCUAUGCUUUUCUCUCACCAUUCUCUAUGUUCGCCGCUGGCAGGCUCUUGAGUAGUCGCGUCAUCUUCAAGUUUGUCACCGUUUGGGGUAUCGUAGAGAUUAUCUUGGUACAAUGCGCCGAGGCUGUCAUUGUCUUAGUCCUUAUUAAGGUUUUGGCCUACCACUUGGCAAACCGCGAUGACAACGAGGAGCAUGAGGAUCCAGCGAGAAGACCGCUCCUGAGCUCGGAAAGUGCGCAGACAGCCGGCACCUUCAACGCGUGA